AUGGUGACCACAAACAAGAUGAAAAAGUCCCUGGAGCCCACCAACUCUAGGCUCCAACUCAUUAUGAAAAGUGGAAAGAACGUGCUGGGGUACAAGCAGACUCUGAAAAUGAUCAGACAAGGCAAAGCAAAACUGGUCAUCCUUGCUAACAACUGCGCAGCCUUGGGGAAAUCUGAAAUAGAGUAUUAUGCCAUGGUGGCCAAAACUGGUGUCUGUCACUACAGUGGCAAUAGUAUUGAAUUGGGCACAGCAUGUGGAAAAUACUACAAAGUACGCACACUGACUAUCAUUGAUCCAGGUGAUCCUGAUAUCAUUAGAAGCAUGCCAGAACAGACUGGUGAAAAGUGAAUCAUGCACAAUUUUUCUUUAAUAAAACUGGCCA